UCCCCUACAUAAAUUAACGACAAAAUGUCGUCUAGACCAUCUUCCCUUUUUAUAGGGCGAUUGCACAGAAAUACUCGAGUACGUGACGUUGAAAAAGUUUUUGAAUAUUACGGUAAACUGCAAAGAUGCGACAUCAAGUACGGAAGUGGAAUGGCCUAUGGAUUUGUGGAUUAUGAGGAUCGCAGGGACGCUGAGGAUGCCGUAAAGUACGAGAAUGGUCGUGAGCUGCUUGGCAACAGUAUAGUCGUUGAGUGGGCUCGUGGGCCAGGCAUGGGCACGCGUGGCGGCAGGGGAGGAGGAGGAGGAGGAGGAGGAGGCGGAGGCGGAGGUGGAGGUGGAGGCGGAGGCGGAGGAGGUGAGGGAGGCGGGUACGACCGUUACGGACCUCCUCCAAAACCAUGGGUAAGAGACGAGUGCUACAGGUGUCACCGCGUCGGACACUGGGCACGCGACUGCCCAGAGCUGAGGGCCGACCGACGCAACUUUGGACGGCGCGAUCGCUCUCGCUCAUACUCACGAUCUCGUUCUCGCUCCCGCACACCGGUGAGAGAUCGUCACAGCAGAUCUUAUUCGAGAGAGCGUAGCAAGAGCAGAUCUCCCACACACAGUCCCAGGAGGAGUAUGAGUAAGAAGAAGAUGAGCAGAAGCCCAGACAGGAAGAGUUUAUCGAGGAGCAAGUCCCGCUCCCGGAGCUAAACACAAGCACAUACAUUGCCCGACGACGGGCAGUGAAACGGCCAAGGAGAAACUACAGGUGCCGCUGUUGCUCCGUAUUUGGUAUUGUGAAUUUGUUCGUCUGUUUCUUGCAUUUCUGCUGAUUUUGCUUGAUACACAACGGUGUGAUUAUGUAGAAAUCCAUGCAAACUGUUUUGGAUGGUAACACUAGCAACAUAGAAACAAUGCAAAUGUAGGCGUAUGUAAGCAUUUUAACGGAGACCCGUCUCAAUAUUACAGUUUGCAAUCUGUUGCAAUAUGACAUCAUGUUUGCGGCAUGGAUGUUAAGGGAACAUAGUGAAAGCCACCUAGUAGUAAUUAUAAAUGAGGUUUCCCAUUGAAAUAAAGUGUAAGCAGAAAAUAAGAUCCCAGAAUCAAAAUGGACAACUAUAGACUGUUUAGAUCGGAUGCAUGGUACUCUUAAGUGUGGCGGAAGGCUGGGUAAGGCUGGUUUUGGGUAAGGCUGGUGAUGGGACGCACGAUUUCAUUGAUUUCUAAUAGUGAUUAAAGUUCACAGGUAUGUCUUGUUUGAUACGUGUUCAGUGUUCAUUAUUUUAGAAGAAAAAUUACUUCCAGUGUGUGGAGGUAUAUAGUGUCCUAAAUUGGAGCAAAUCCUUUUGUCUGUUCAGAGUAUUUACCUGAUUUUCUUUCCAUUAUGUUGUCUAAUCUGAACCGACAAGUAGCCGGCCAUGGGCGUGGCCAUGGGCGUGGCCGCUGAAGUGGGAGGGACUGCAUUACCACUUAGUCUGUAAUGAUCGUCGCAGUUGCCUGAAUACCAUGAAUGUUGCAGUAUUACAAGUAGAUUUACGAUUCAUCGAUUCUCUUGAAUUCUUUGUUUCAUAAAUGAUUUCAACUUUAAAUUUAGGUUGUUUAUAUAGUAGUGGCAAUAAUGUAGUGGCUGAUCUUACUUUCAAUUUCACAGUUUUAUGUUUAAUGAUGAUUUUUUAUUGUUAGAUUAGCAUCUUUUACUUGUGUAAGAUGAUUUUUGUUCACAUUUGCAUUCCAAUGAACAGAGGCAAUUCUGUUCAGUUAAAUUAAAACUUGUUUCAGAGCUAAUCUAAAUUAUACCUGUAGAAAACAUUACAAAUGUAUAGCGAUUCUAGUUUGUUUGAAUGAUAAACAUUAAACAAUAGAUUCUUUAUCUGUGAAAAAAAUGGAGUAAACGGUAUCGAUUGAUUUCGUUUAUUGUAA